AUGAAAGGAAAUACUGUUGCACUUACCUGGUUGAGAGAUAACUUUGACCAAAUUCCAGAGUACGCUGAUGAUGUUACUAUUCAGAGGCAUGCUCGGGCUUUCCUUUUACGACUAAUAGGUGGAUCCCUAUUUGUUGAUCAGUCUGCUCAUAGGGGCAACGUCACCACAAGUGCAGCAAAUUGGCGGGCCACUGCAUAUUUUACAAAUUUGUGCAUGGGACAGAAUAAAACAAUUGCCCCUACCAUCUCCCAGAUAAAUCCCCUUCCAGAUACACCGAUUGGCAGUCGGUGGAGUAAUGCUAAAAGUAUUACUAAAGUUACAACGCAUGUGCUUGUGCAACUUCGGUACCAACUUGAUCGAAUGGAAGCCGAAGAGUUUAUAUGGGAGCCAUACUCUGAUGUUGUGGUGGACGGUAUGUCAGAUUACUGUCUACAGGGUAGACAAAUAUGGAAAUCAGUUGUUCCACUUAUUUGUUUUCAUAUUGUUGAGUGGCAUCGACCUGACAAGGUGCUAAGGCAGUUUGGAUUUUCUCAGCCCAUUCCACAACCACCCCGUCAAACAGCUGAUAUGCAUUCAAUAAAAUUAACUUCUUUAGCUACGAACUGGAUGACCGAGAACCAACAUUGGAUUACGUUCUGGGAAUCAAGGCACCGACGGAUUGUCGCCAGCAAUACUCUGACCCAGCCAUUAUAUUACCAUUCACAGUACAUGGAAUGGUACAGAAUGAUUGCACGUCGGUGGGUGUCUCAAAGGGGUGCAUCAAUCGACGCUGUGGAGGAUGGUCUGGAGAACUGCCGCUUAUGGGCGAGUCAAGUUCGUCACCCAACAGUAGACAAGAUUGGAAAUGCGGUCAAUUCAAUGUUUCAUGCACUUCGUUUGUUCGAUCGCAUUUCCCAAAUACCACCUCCACAGCCGGCGCCACCUUCCCAACCGCUUCCAAAUGAUGUACACGACGACGCACCCUCCUCCUCCAGGAAUCCCCCACGAUAUCGUCGCCACACUACCAGGCCAUCAAGGGAGACGGAGAUUCCACGGCCUAUGCCAAACCCUGGUGUAAUGCAAAUACCAUCACCAGUUGCAUUCCAUCCAUACGGCUCAUACACAGAAUUGGGCCAAUCUUCAUAA